CUUUUUAUUGGACGACAGCGAUGGCGUGACUCCCGAAAUCGCGUUGUGGCUACAUACCGACGCGGACUCGCGCCACGCCAACACGCCCCUCUUGAGCCCAACCGAUGGACUCGGCUCACGGCCUCGGCGAGCUCAUCCAGCGGCUCCGCCUCUACGAGGCCCCGCCCCCGUCCGACGACGGCGGCGGCGACGGGGAAGACGUCGACGAGAGAGGGAAGGUCUUCUCCUCGCUGGGACUCGCCGAGACUGCCGCGGCCGCAGCCGAUGCCCCCCGCCUGGAGAGAUUCCGGCCCAAGAGGGCAGCCGUCCUGAUUUGCCUAUUCGAGGGUGAUCCAGGCGAGCUCCGGGUCAUCCUCACCAAGCGCUCCUCCAACCUGUCCACCCACUCCGGUGAGGUGUCCUUGCCUGGGGGCAAAGCAGAAGAAGGCGACAAGGAUGACGCCGACACCGCAACGCGGGAGGCCAAGGAAGAAAUAGGACUGGACCCAUCGCUCGUCACGGUCGUUGCCCUUUUGGAGCCAUUCUUGUCCCGGCAUCUUCUCAGAGUAGUUCCUGUAGUCGGGAUACUUUCCGACAAACAAGCAUUCAAGCCAAAACUUAAUGCUAAUGAAGUGGAAACAAUUUUUGAUGCACCGUUAGAGAUGUUCCUCAAGGAUCAAAACAGAAGGUCCGAGGAGCGAGAGUGGAUGGGGGAGAAAUUUCUUGUUCAUUUCUUCAACUUUGAAACUGGGAACAAGAAGUUUGUCAUAUGGGGUUUAACUGCAAGUAUCUUGAUUCAUGCUGCAUCGAUUGUUUACCAGCGGCCACCUUCUUUCCCUGAGCAAAAGCCCAAAUACAGAAUUCCUCACUACAUUAAGGGGAAUUGCACAAUGCCAUGAAUAAAUUCACAUUGUUAUGUAGAAGCUUCUUUGAACAUCAUUGUGGCCUUUUGGAAGGUGUUGUCUGCACUCCUUCAGAUGCGUCCGCUGGUUGGGAAGAGUGGGAACCGGUUAAUUUGUUAAAGAUCUACACAAGCGAUGCUUCGAGAACUGGACUAUAUAUAUAUUAUAUAUAUAUAUAUGUAUGUAUUUAGGAAUUGAACCUCAAAUGCUUACAGAGCUUAGAGAAUUAGCUGCUUGCAUUGCAACCAGAUGGAUCCAUUCGUUUGGAUGAAUAGUUCUGCUUGUGAUGCUGUAGCAGCUAUAAGAUCAUUUCGCAGGGACACCAUCAGACAUCCGCAUUUGCCUUUCCAUCCUCGAAAAGAAACACCCCUGUUUCAAUGAUGAGGCCGGCGGUGGCCUCCAACUCGACAUCCAACCAUAAGCUCACAUUAUGAUGGAGAUCGUUAGCCUGUACUAGUCGAGAAUGAACAAAGUGAACAAGAUCAUGUUUACUGCUUGUUUGCUGAUCGAGGACGCUUGCGAGAAUAGGCGAGUCACGAAGAACCAGCACCCAUGAAUCCACCAUGACAGCAGAACACACGAAGGGCCAAACAACAGAGUGUGAGUAGGCCAACACCUGUGUCGCCUCCAUGGUUUCCAGAAAAGAAGGAAUCAGCGAGAAAGGAUGAGGUGAUGAGGUUGUGGGAGAAGAGUCCGAGGUAUUCCACUUUAGAUGAAUGGGUUCCUACGCACACACACGGUUGGGUGCUCCCGCUACAGACCUCAGUGGCAUGCAUGAUUGUGGGCGAGGAAAUGGCAGAACAGGGUGUUUGUCCUUCUUGCUCUCACUCCUGUCGUUGCGAUGUUGUGUGCUCUCUUUCGGCGAACACUUGGGUUGGCGUUGGGCAGCUAGUAUAUAAAGCUACGAUCCGCGGUUGUUCGUGGCGUAGCAAAGAGCGGUCAUGGCGGUGAGCUUCAACCUAAGGUUUUGUCUCUGUUUCGUGUUGGUGUUGUCUUCCCUUUCGAGCUCCAAGUGCCGAGUUCUCGAUCGAACACCGCUGCCCACUGCGUCUCUUGGGAGCUUGAAUGCGAGGAGGUGGGGCGGCGGAGAGACGCCGGAGAGAGUUUAUGAGCCAGAGAGGCUGAUCCCCGGCGGACCAGACCCCAAGCAUCAUUAGUCCAUGGAUUCUAUCUGUAAACCAAGUUGUCUUGGCAAGAAGUUGUGAACCUUUCUCUUCCGAAGUAGAAAUUUCUAAUUGGAAAUUUUAUCUCGA